ACCGAUUAUUCCGAUUAAUCAUUCGAUUCGAUCAUUCAGUCAGUGUAAAACGACACUAUUUUGAAGGCGAGUCUGUUGGACUAAAUGUCAAUUUGGGUUUUUUGUUAUUAUUCAGAAAUGUAAUACUUCUCAUGCCUCUAUAAUGUUACUUUAAUUGAUUGUCGUCAUAAAUGAGCAAUAGUUAGUGUUUUAGGUAAAAUUAAUUACUACGCGUUUAAUCUCUACUCAACUUGCUUUUGGUAACCUUAAAGUUAAUUAAUGUUUACAAUGCCGACGAAUUUCGUGAUAUCGUAGCCAUGGAUUCUAUCGAAGACGGUGGUUGUGUGAGAAAAUCCUAUAAACUGAAUAGUGACGAUGAUAUAAGUAGGAAUUGUAAAGGAACAUCAAAACAGCGAGGUUUGAACGAGAAUAGUGAUACUGUGCGUCCUGCGUCGGGUUCCAUUUCCAAUGACACAAACUGCGUACCACCGAAUGAUAGCCAUUCAAGGCGCUCGAUCUGCUCGAGCAGCGGCGAGCCAGGACCAUCUGGGAGACUCGUUGUCGACAGUGAAGAGUGUUGUAAUAAAAACAUAGCUAGCAGCCAGGCUGUAGGUGCCAGGGUGAACAACAGUUACCUUGAGGUUGCAGGCUGCAGCAAGGCUGAGACCAUUGCGCGAGAUAAUGGCAUCCCCAGCACCCAGGAGCUACAGACCUGCCAGAGACACAAGGUGUGCCAGGAAAAAGCCGGAAACACCUACAAUUUAAAUUUCCCCUCAACAAGUGCCACAAGCAGGGUGUGUGAUAAUUUCUUUGACAAUGCAGGACUGAGAGAAAAUAGGAAGAGGCCUUCAAGUUUGAAGUUAAACAGGCCUAACUUAGAUGCAGAUGACAGCUCAAGUGACACUGGUAAUGAUGACUACUCUUUAGGCUCUGAAGAUGGCUGUAUCUACACUUACAGAGGUGGGGAGCACUUGGCAGACCUGCCUAGCUCCUUCUUCAGUCUUGACAUGGGUCUUCCCCUGGACAGGCACCUCCCCAUACCCCCAUUGUACCAACAGCAACCUGCAGGAGCAAAUGCUAGAGAACAUGUUUCUAGAGCUUCAAGCCCCGAUAUGGACUUUUUAGAAAUGGACUUUGACCCUGGACCCUCUUGUGAAGUGGACACAGGUGAUGAGUCCACACCAGAUGCUGAUUUAGAUGUGGCCGUGAACAUGCCUGAGGAGAAUGAGCCUGCGUUAAGGGAACCUACACCAGAAUUAGUUCCAUUAAGGAAUCCUGAGCCUAGUGGACCAGUUAGUUCAACAUCACAAUGCCCGGAGCCUCCUAGCCACCAUUAUAGCAUGCCAUCCACUAGCCGAGGCAUUCCUACAGCACACAGUAGUGUAAGAGAAGAUUCAGGGAAUAACUACACCUUCGGCCCUUACAUUACGCAUGUUAAUUUCAAAGGAGAACAGCUGAAAGUUCGCAGAACAAUGGCACGGGGUCCCUGUAUUUUGCCGGUCAGCCUGCAUCUCACAAAUGGAGACUUGAUUACACCUAGAUUACAUCACGACGAAAAAAUGGAAGAAGAGGAGGCGCCCCUAGCUCAUCAGAUCAACCAAGGCGAGGACUCAGGGAUGGACCCUGUCAAUGUCUCCACGGCUCUGAUCCACAUGACCAUGGCCAAGAAGCUGAUGAUGGAGAAGAAUCGCUCGGAUGAGGAGACUGAAGGAGCUGUGGCGUUUGGGGAAGGUCCGUCAAGCUUAGGAGUAACAGAACCACCUACCAGCAUGGUAUGGUCCGAGCGGGAGGCGUGCGAGCGCCAAGUGACGCAGAUAGGCGUCAGCGCGUGCGGCGCCACCGCCGUUGUUAAUGUUUUCAUUGCAUUAGGCGUUCCAGUUAACAUUGAAAAAAUCAAUACAGCUGUUGGAACGAGGCAGAGAGCUAACAAAGCUCCAAUACCCAGGUACCUGUUAUCGCGUUCCGUGGCCGGUUGCACGGCGACCGAACUCGUGAACGGGAUCCAGAAAGCUUCCGAGGGUCUGGUGGCGGCCAGGUUCUUCCCCAUGUAUCCGGAGCGAGCGGUGUCCCUGUCGCAUUGGCUGGCGGACUGGAUAUCAAUAGGGGCCGUCCCAAUUUUAACAAUGAACCUGCAAGUAGGCUGCGAAGGUGAAAUCCCCGAUGCGUGGCACCAUCAAAUGGUGUUUGGUGUCUCGCCCCGCGGCAUUUACCUCAGCAACCCCGUAGAGUGCACGAGGGAGUGCGCGCUGUGGCCGAAACUCACGUCGCCGUCGGUUCUGCUGGUUAGGACGAGGGACGUGCUGUCCAGAUUUACCCCGGACACCGAUCUUACCCCGCUGAUGGCUGUGCCGGAUAGGAGGUUCAACACGUUUAACGUAUUAGGUCAAGUAGUGAACGUGAUACGCGAGUGGCGCGCCGGCGGCUGGUCGGCGGGCGGCGCGCGCACGCGCUACGUGCGGCUCCCCGCCGCCUAUCAGGCCGGCGUCACCGUGGCCGCGCUUACCGGCUCGGCCGCGCACAAGCGACUCACCACGGCCGCGCAGCUGCCGAUCUUAGCCCCGCAUGUUGAGAAGUUCGGCGUCGGCUAG